AUGAAGAGGGCCAAAAGAGGAGGCCCGGGUGGACGAAGUCACCCUUGGUUAAACCUCUGCAAAAAUAACUCAGAAUUAAGAAAGCUACUACCAGUCUACUUUUCCAACAUUGCUCACAACCAAACGUUGGUGUCUUCGGAAUGCAGUGAAAAAAUUGUGAGCGACACGAAAUUAAAUACAGUGUGCAGUUCAUCUCAAAAUCAACAAUGCGCUUUAAAGGAGAUUGGUAAUAGCUCAACUGCCGAUAAGAUAAGGAAGAGUAGCUUUCCUCAACAUAGUUCACUAUUUUACAUAGACGAGGACGCUACAACGAAAUUACACCAGCUUAUAGAUUUUUCCUUGAUAUCUAAGUCUUUGAAUCUUAGUCCUAUACACUGGAAGUCUGUUCCUCAACUUUAUGGUGUGAAGAACAAACACAAUUCCGCUAUUUGUGGUGUUGUAAUAAAAAGGAAGAGAAAUAAGAAAACUCGACCUCCUGUUCCUGAACGUGCAUCAUUGGAUAAAUGUAAAGAGAGGAAAAAGUCCAUCAAGUCCGAUGAAGCCAUCGUACUGCCCAAGUCAAUUGAAACGCACGCUAACACUUCUAAACAGUCUACUGCAGUCAGGAAUAUCGAAUCGAAAAAUCCAAACCGUCAGUUACCGACUGUAGUUGAAGAUAAUGUUUCCGAGGAUCUGACAUUCUCUUCAGUUGGGAAACGCCAACGACGUCUAACAGCCAGAGCCGCUGAGGCGAUAGCACAAGCGAAUCUGCGGAAGUCCCGUAAAUCUUUGGCAGGAACUUUAUGCAGUAAAAACAAAGUCCCUUCGGAUGAUGAAAAACUAGGAUCAGAGAACGAAAACAAAACUGUAGAUGGGUUAAAGGCUACCAUUGAGGAGACAGCGACUACCAUUAUCACUCCUAAUAAACGACUUGAUCCUUCUGCUAUAAGUCCAUGCGCUAAGGCUACAUUAUCUCCUGAGGAUGAAAAAAUCGACCUGGGAAAGGGAGAUGACAAAUCUUUGAAUGUGGUAAGCGAAAAUGUAUCCCCUAUUAUACCUACGGCGAUAGGGGAGUGUAAUUUCGAACCAGAAAGUUUAUGUAAUGAAACCCUAAUUGUACCUGAUUCAUUGCCUCAUAUAGAAAAAAUUGUGUCACCAAACAUUGUACAAAAUGAGAGUUUUAGUGAAAUCACAACAACUGAAGCUUCUACAGAGGAUCAACUUCCUGUUUUGGUGACGAGUCCAACUUGCAGCAACGAACCUUUACCUGAUAUCCAUGAAUCAGAAAGCCGGAAUGAGUGUUUAGAUGUUCUUGAUGACUUAAUUAAGGAAACUCUGACAGUUUUGGAAAAUAAUUCAGUCAAGCAGCAGGAGAUAUAUGGGAUCAAAAGCCCAUACAUUCAGUCCUUUUCUGAUACCGUAGUGACACAAGAAGACAGAAAUGUAACCAUUAUGUCGAAUGAAUUGAUCAACAAAACGACACCUGAAGCCGAAAUGCCAGUUCAAAAUGAUCUUACUACUAAUAUACAGCUGACGUUACCUGAAGAAAAGGAUUCAGUGCUUUUAAUUAAAACGAAGGAAAACUUUGAAACUAAAGAAACCAAGCAUACUGAUGAAGCCACAUAUAUUAAUAAUCAAGAGCAAACUGAAACAAAUGAUGAAUCUGAUAAAAAUAUGGAAUCGAAUUCAUUUGACGAUUCUGCAAGUACACCACCAAUGAAAUCUGAUGUACAGGUUCCCACUGUGACCAAGCUUACCAAAUCUAGAGCUCAUAAACGUAGUCCAUCUCCAACAGAUGUACCUAUUGUUCGGAGUAAACGUCGUCUAAAAGUCAAUCAUCGUUUCCUGGAUGAUUAUGAUGGCUACUUAGGCUUCAUGAGCGGUGGACGUCGAAGCAGAGCUUCCUCUGAGGUAAGUAAUGGUUCUGAAGGGAGUAGUAGUCGCAAUAUGGAACAUUCCACACGACAUACACACACAGCAUCAUGUCAUGAUAAGAAGAAUUCGAGUGAUAAAGUGAAGAAAGCCAGUCAUAGGAAUUUAACUGAAACUUCAACCAAAUCAUCGUCUAAAGGAUACAAAUCAAAUGAUAAUAUGAACAAUAAACACGAAGACAAAGGUGGAAAUCGACCAGUUACAGGACUCAGACCACGUGUAAAGCAAGUCAGCAGACCAUCUAUUAGUCGUGAAGACAGUCGUUAUUCAUCAACUUUAUCGGCUAUGGUUCACGCUGCGCGCUUAGCCGCCGUUGGUGCCAAGGUUCCUGGAGGUGUUAGUCCUGUGCAUGCUGCUUUAGCCGCUUCUGCUGCUCAUUCAAACAGGAUGAAAGAAAAGCAUUCUGCUUCUAAACAAGACGAUGCUCAUGUAACUGGUCACGGAGUUGCUCCACAAAAUGCAUUUCAUCCUAGUAGACCUGGGUCUACUAGUCAACAUUCAACCCAUUUACCGAAUCGUUGUGGACAAUGCCCAGCAUGUUUAGGACUUAUUCAACCUUGUGGACGUUGCAAUGAUUGUCGCCUAGUUGACAGUAAUGAUCCACGAGGGAGACCUUGCAAGGAACUCAUAUGUCUCAGACGUCGUACUGCGGCUUCCGCUGCUGACCAGAAUAUGAAGGCAGGUCCAAGGGUUAAAUUUCCAUCAAAUUAUCCUUCACCUGGUUCAACUUCAAACUUACCUAUAAGUGGAUAUAAAGGUGCUUUAUCAAUGAAUAUUGCUAGUCAUACAAAUAAUCGAUCUAACCUUAAUAAAUCUGAAGAUGAACCAGAUGAAUCAGUUAGUUUACUACAAACUGUACCUGGAUUAGCGCAACAGCUUGAAUUAGAUACAUGGCUACCAUCUAGUUAUUCUCGAAAAACCCACGCCAAUGGAAUAAAUAAUUCAUAUCGUCGUAAGCAUAGAAAUCCUGUAAACAAUUUAAAUGUCGGUCCUGAACUUCAAGUAACACCUGUUCGUGGUGGAGAUUUAGGAAUGCAUUUCAAUUCGAUUACUGAAGAGAAUGAUGAAAAUGAAGAUUUAGAUCGUGUCCGUCCAGUUGAAGGGGAAGUAAUUGACAGUGACUUGGCAACACACGGAGGUUACGCGAUUGUAACAACAUUGGCAGCUGCUCCACCUAAAGAAAUCUGUUACGCAUGUGGUAGUGGUGGAGGUCAGUUACUUUUUUGUGUAUCCUGUGCUGAACCUUUCCAUUUCUACUGCGUUGAACGGCAAUUCAGACCCCGUAGGAAAGAACAUUUUGUAUGUCGAAAUUGCACCACAUGUAAAGUUUGUCGUCGUCCAGCUUCAGAUCUACGUUGUAUACGUUGUUCUACUGGCUAUCAUCCAGAAUGUUUAGCCGAUUUUCCACCAGCUAAAACUAGUCAAAGAGGAUGUUGGACUUGUCCUGAAUGUUCAGUAUGUUUACAUUGUGGAGUUAGAGCUUGUAAACCAGCUGAGACUAGUGAUGGUACUACACCUAUUUCAACGGUUCGUGGAAGUUAUACAGCCUGGUCAUAUGAAACAAAUAAAUGUGCUGCAUGUAGUCAGGCAGAAUCUAAAGGUGAUGUUUGUCCAGAAUGUGAUCGAGCUUAUUUACCAACUACUAAACAAAUGAUCCAGUGUGAUAGUUGCCAACUUUGGAUGCAUAGAACAUGUACAAAAUUAACUGUUGAUGAAUAUGAAUUAAUUGCAAGAAUGUCAGCUGGGCAACUGAGUAAAUUUGUUGUUUCUUGUUCCGUUUGUCAAAGAGAACAAAAAUGUCAACAAAAAAAGUCAAACACCUCUCGUAGUAACAAUAACAAUAAUAAUACUUCAUCCAAACAGCAAUUAGAUUCUACAGGUCAAACUGCAUCGGAUGAUGAAAGUGAAUUCAGCGAUCAAAAUAAAGAAACAGAAGAUGCUUCAAUCAUAAGUCGGAGUAAGCACUGUUCAAAUAUUAACAACAGAAAUAAUAAUAAUAAUGGCGCAAAUCAACUGCGGACUUUAGCACAAGAUACAUUAAUGGAAAGAAUGGCUGGUUUAGUGCAAGUUUGUCGCAAAUCUAAUCGAAUUGAUCAUCAAACUAUCACCAGUAGUGGUGGUGGUCCUGGUGAUGGUUCAUCAGUGAACUCACCAUCGUCAACUUACUUUCAUAGUCCCACUAAUACAAUGGCUAGUUCUAGUGGUAAAUCACCUGGUUAUUGGAGUAAUACCAAUUAUAAAGAUGAAUCAACUACAGUGAAACAAUACCUACCUCAGUAUGAUGGAGUGUGUGAUUCUGACUCUGGAGAUGAAUUAACUGCUGCAGUUGAAGCUGCCGCUUCUUUAUGGGAUCCGGCUGUGGCAGAACAUGCUAAAUUUAAUACUGUUUCCGUUAAUCCUAUUCCUACGCUCCCAGAUAAUAUCAUAAACGAUCCAGUGCAUCAUCAUUCUGAUAAAUUGUCAUGUGAAACUGUUUACAACGACACGUUCAAUAAUACGGCUGAUAUUUCUUUAGAUCCAGUUAGUAAUGGUUGUAGCUCGUUAUCUUAUUCAUCAUCACAACAAUGUUUACAAAUUGAUACUUCUUACAAAACAUCAAAUAUGAUGGAUCCCAUCAUAAAUACAUGUAAUCAUACGGUUUCAUCAAAUGAAACAUUUGUUUUACAAAACCAACAAUUACCACUUACUGUUAAUACAUCAUCAUUACUUAAAACUGAAUCAAGUAGUUCAAUACAAUCUAGUUUAUUUCAUGAAUCCACAAUGCAUGAUAACAAUACUAAUCAGAACAAUCGUAGACGUUAUAGUUCAUCUAGCUCAUCGAGUUCACGUUACUACCAUCAAAUUUGUUCAACUCCUCCACCAAUCAAUGCACAAUGGCUGGUUGAUCAGGAAUCAGAGCAAAUUUGGACAAGUCCGCGCUCAUUACUUUAUCGCUUACUUACGAAAGUUCUUCAUCGUCUAUCCGCUCAUCCAGUCAGUUCACCGGCAGCUGUCGGAUUAAGGAGACUUCUUCGUUGGCUUUCCACAAUGACAGACACUCUUUUUCCAUGGCUUAAUAUAAAUGAAAUGGCUAGCGAUGUUCGUGAUAUUCUGCGCCAAUCCAAUGGCAAAUUUAGCGAUGUCGCUAAACAUUUUCAAGAACGUUCUUUAAUUGAACUUCAUGAAUUAGUGUGCCCAGUUAUUGCUCGCCUAAAUGAAAACUGUUCACGUAUUCGAAACCCUUUAUCUGGUCAAAUAGUUAAUAAUGUAAAUUCUGUUUCAACAUGUUAUUUACACGUGCUUGAACAUCUGAAAGAGUAUCAUCCAAAAUACCAAUUGUAUGAAUCACCAGAAAUCGAUCCUUUAGAAUUUACUAAACAGUUCUUAUUUGCAUGCAAACGUUCCCGUUGUCAACGUCCACAUGAAGUGGAAAUGCUUGAACAAAUGAAACAAAGUGCCCGUGAUGAUCGAUGGGUUGAACAUUGGUCCUCAAUUGAAGAAGAACUGGUUGUCAAGAAAUUUCAAAAUCAUUUAAUCAAGUUGUACAGAAAACGUCUACAUGAAUUAUCAGUCCCAUCACCUCAACACUUUGAAAAUAAGUUAAAUAGUAAAUGUAAACCGAUUAUAUCUCCCAUUUGUAAUUCUUCAGAUAGUGUAACUGAAAUGCCAAACUGUAUUAGUAAUUCUGAAUUAGCUCAGUUGAAUUCAGUAACCACUGCCGCUGUUAUGGAUAACAAUCCAGAAUUAUCUAGUCAUGAAGUGAUUAAAGAUGAUAAUCAAUUAGACACUAAUACAGUAGCAGAUCAAGAAUUUAAUCAGCAAGAUUCUGAUAUCCCGGUGAAAUCAUUAUCGCCUGUCAAAGAUAGUGGUGAUGGUGAAAAUAAAUCAUCUACAGAAUUAGUAACCUUUGAUUCUGAACGCUUUUAUUUCGCUUUGGACAAAUUUUGGAAUGAAGAGGAGAUAAGAAAACCGAUUGUUUUAUCUGGUCAUAUUCCAUCAUUCCGUUUAGUUGACCUUGAUGAAGAAGAGGAGUUGAAUAAAAAAGCUGCCGCCGAUGCUUUGCGUAAGCAUUUGAUUGACGAUCUAGAAGAUGAAGAUCCAAGACGUUGUUUAUUAUGUGGUUAUCAUGGAGAUGAUAAUAUCGAGGGGCGCCUGUUAUACACAGGAUCAGAUACUUGGGUGCAUAUAAAUUGUGCCUUAUGGUGUAAUGAUGUUUAUGAAGAGGAUUCCGGUGAGCUAAUUGGUUUGUCAGACGCUAUUCGGCGAGGUCGUUCCAGCAAAUGUGCUGAUUGUGGAAAAUAUGGUGCAACUCUUUAUUGUUCUAAUAUGAAGACUGAUGUUUGCCCUCUUGCUAUAUUAGUAUCAUCUAAUAACUGUGAUUUGGACUGUGUUGGUGCCGUACAUUUCUCUUGUGCUCUAAGGCGUUGCCCUCCAUUACCACAUUGUGUUUUUACUGCUGAUCGUUCUUGGUUUUGUUCGCCAGUCUGUCAUCAUACAGUUAUGAACCAGCGUCUUGCGGAAGCUUUACAUUCAUUAAAAAAGUCAUCUAAAGGAAACCAUAACAGAAAAUUCGGUUAUCCUGAAUCAUGGGAUCAUUCAUCUGAUGAAGAUUUUUCAACUGACUCAUUUAACCCGGCUGAUUUUGCAGAUCAUCCUUCAUUUGCAUCAAUGGAAGAAGCUAUUGCUGACGAUUUAGAGCCAAUUGGUUUAGGAGAUUUACUUGUUUGUCGUCGAGUGUUUGUCCCAUCCGAUUGUUUUGCAGCAUCAGUGUAUCCUCAAUCAAUAAAUGGAAAUCUUAUUUCAAAUAAUCUACUUAUGAGCGAUGAUGAACAUUCGGAAUUAGUGAGAGCUGCAAAAGAGGCUGUAUCCACACUUGCAGUUUCACCAAAUUCAAUUUGUUUUCUUAACAAUAAUGGAAUUUCUGCAAAAAAUCUUGUUAUCACCAUAGGAUCUUUACGUGUUGAUAGACUGGGAGAGGUUCGUGAAGCUUCAGACUCUUUGGCCAUGGCCAAAUGGAUUCCAGGUUCUUUUGACGAACGUAAUACAGUCACACAGAGCAAUUUCUUAUGCCCUAUAAAUUACCGUGCAAGGCGCAUUUAUUGGAGUUGGUCAAAGUUGGAUUCUCGUAUACCAUAUACCCUUCAAGUAAAACAGAGUCAAACAGUACAUACAACUUCCGGUUACAUGGAAACUUGUCCUACUUCACGUCCUUCUUCCAACACGAAUGUCAAUUCUAAUAAAUCUGUUGUUUUAUCUAAACUGCCUGUUGUCAAUCCUAGUAAUUCAACUCCAGUUUAUAAAAAUCCUCGUCUAGUCAAUAUCGAUAAUCGUAUCAGACUGCUAACUCCUCUUAAUAAUAGAUCUCCAUCUUGUGUUUUCGCUUCUAAUACUAAUUCUAUUAUUUCUAAUACUCAUAGUAUUAUUAACAGUAGUAUCAACAAUAAUGUAAAAAGUAUUAAUAAUACAUUAUCUUCAGUUCAAGAUGCUUCUAAAACGUUAACAGCUAUUCUAACUAAUACCCCAUCUAUUGUUUCUUCUCAAACUGGAUGUGAACCUCCUCUUUUGAUGAGUCAUCCUAUUAGUGGUCAUCUAGUUAAUGUUGCAUCUUAUUCAACUUUACCAGUUAGUAGUUUUCAGCUUAUGUCACACACAAUCAACAAUCCAAUAAAUCAAGGACAUCUUAUUCAAUCAUCUGCUUUAACUGGUCAAAAUUCGUCAUUGAAAAUAGUAAACACUGUAUCACUUAGUACUCCAUCAAAUUUGCAACACAAUCAGCAGAUUUUUCAACAACGUCAACUGUUAACAACACCUCAAAAACAUUUAGUCCCAGUUCAUGUUACAUCUCACAUACCAAUGAACGUCAAUACCACUAAUCUAACGACUACACCCGAUAGUAUAAAUAAUAAUGUACCUACAGAAUUAAAUUACAAAAUGGCAGUUUAUCCUUCUACAGUUUCUAGUAAUAGUACACAGUUUAAUAAAAGUAAUUACACCAAUAUGAUUUCUCUUAAUAAACAACAAACACAACAACAUUAUUACAAAUCUCAUUCAAUGAAUGCAUAUAAUGGAAAAACAUUUAUUUUACCUAAUCAAAUUCAGUCAAAUGUUAUCUCUGUUAAUAGUAAUAAUAAUAAUUUGUCUUUAUCUCCUGCAAUAAUCCCUGUAAAUCAAUAUAAUGGUGAUAUAAUUACACAUCAUAUCGGUACCACUGUCAAUCCGAUUACAGUUAAUACAAGUAAUAAUAAAUCAUUAACAUUACCUUAUAAUAAAUCUAUCGGACCUACUGUUAUACGUAUUCAAAAUGUUCAUUUAAAUCAAAAGACUGGAAUAUUGACAACACCGACAAAAGAUACACAAUUAGCAACACAAUUAGAUGGUUUAUUCCAAAAUAUUGGCAAUGUUACAGGUGUUAGUCAGAAUAAACGAGGAGUAGUUUCAACAAAUUUAUUACCUCAACCUGAACACCAACUACUUCCUCAAUUUGAUGGUACUGGUGAUGACGAUGAUCCUGAUUAUGGGUCUGGUUCUAUUCGCAAACGUUUGUAUAAAACCCGUUCAUCUUCACUUGUAUCCUCUGGUAGUUCGUCAUAUUCUCACAGAACAGCAGCUUCUGGACGUAGUCAAUCACGAUUGUCGAAUAAUCGCCUUAAUAAAAAUGACCUAUUAAUUAAAGCAAGUAAGAAUGCUCGUGUUACUUCUGAUCCCUUGUCUACCAAACCUUCGGGAAAACGACGUUGGAUUGAAGAUCGUAUCAGACAACAGGAAUUGGCUCAUUUAGUGUCGAAGGCUAAACAGGCUAAUCAUGCUCGCCUUUAUCAAAAUGAAGUUGAGAAACAUGCCAGAUCAUUUCGUCUUACCUUUUCAAUUGACGGUAUGGUACGUUCAGCUAAUAGCCCAAUGGCUGCUUGGCGUGCAGUGAUAAUGCGUGUUUCAGCUCUACGUGAAAAACAAGGAUUAAAGCCACUGAUUUGUACAGCUAUUGAUGGAUGGACACAGUUUGGUUUAAAUCAUCGUUAUACAAUAUUUCUAAUUGAACAAAUGCGUGGAGCGCUUCAUUGUUAUCGUUAUAGAUUUCGAUAUCAUUGGCAAAAGAUCGAUCGAUUACGUCAAAAGUUCACUCCUCCUGUACCCUGUUCUGAAGGCUGUGCUCGUGCUGUCCCAUGGACGAAGCCUCGUCGUCCACGCAACCAUGCUCAUGAUCCUCUUGGGUUUCUUCAUUGUAAAGCUAAUCCUCCUCCACGACCUUUAGUUAGCUCAGGCGAUGAUAAUUCACUUCCUUAUCAAGACCCAUCCUUAACUAAUACAAAUGAGCCGGCUAAACUUUUGUCUCCUAAUGAACAAGCCACUUGUAGAGAAGCUGCUCGUCAAGCUGCUCUCUUAGUUGCAACACAACUUAAGCUUCCACAACGUCUGCGUAAAUCAUGUAUAGCAAAAGCUGUUGUACGAGCAACUGGUAUACCAUUACAGUCUACACCACCAAAAUCAGUAAAUGACAAUGAGUUGGUCAAUUCUACUGAUCAGGUGUUUGGAAUAAAUUAUUCUGAUGAUGAAGAUAAUUGUUCCGUAUCAUCGAAACAUGAGGAAGAAGAAGGAGAAGAGGAUGAGGAGGAAGACGAGAACAAUGUAGGAACAGUUGCUACACAAUUUAGUCGAUUGCUAUCAGGAUCAUUGGCUCGAUUUUAUCGUGUGUCUGUACAUCCAUCUCGUAUACAUGGUCGUGGUUUAUUCGCUUUACGAGAAUUUCGGGAAGACGAAAUGGUUAUUGAAUAUACUGGAGAGUUAAUACGAAGUAUUAUUUGUGAUGCUCGUGAAUUAAAAUAUAGAGCAACUGGCGUAGAUUGUUACAUGUUCAGAAUAGAUCCAGAUUGGGUUAUCGACGCUACGUAUGCUGGAAACGCUGCUCGAUUUAUCAAUCAUGCAUGUGAUCCUAAUUGUUAUGCCAAAGUUGUGUCGAUUGAUGAUAAAAAGCAUAUCGUUAUAUUGGCCCAACGAAAAAUUUAUCCUGGUGAAGAAUUGACGUAUGAUUAUCGUUUUCCUAAAGAAUCCGAUAAAUUACCGUGCAAUUGUGGCAGUUAUUCUUGUAGAAAAUAUUUAAAUUAA